ACAAAGGUCGUCUCCCAGUACACCACCUACUGCCCCGAGCCCACGACCUUUACCUUCAACGCCAAGACCUUCACCGUCACCGAGGCCACCACCCUCACCAUCACCGACUGCCCCUGCACCGUCGUCGAGGUAAGCUUUCACCCCCUUUCCCCCCCUCCCCCCUAA